CCUUCAUGACAACAGAAGACACAGAAAUCCUCCUCAUCAAAAACAUGACUUUGAUCUCCGUCCUCAUCUGGACUCUCCUCUGCUGCUGCUUCACAGAGUCCAGAGGCCAGGUCACAGUGACUCAGCCUGGAGCAGUGAGCUCUGCUCUGGGAGGCUCCGUCUCCAUCAGCUGUAGGACCAGUCAGGAUGUUUAUGGUUCUAACAGAUUAGCCUGGUACCAACAGAGAGAUGGAGAAACUCCUAAACUGCUCAUUUACUAUACUAGCACUCGACAAUCAGGGAUUCCAGCUCGUUUUACAGGCAGUGGAUCAAACUCUGACUUCACUCUGACCAUCAGUGGAGUCCAGACUGAAGAUGCAGCAGUUUACUACUGUCAGAGUUAUCACUAUAUCAACAGUCAGGAUGUGUUCACACAGCACGCCGGCAGCACGAUGAUGAUGUCACUUAUUCUACUGCUGGCCACCCUGGGGCUCCUUGUUCAGGGUUCAUCAGGAGAAAUCAUCCUGACUCAGUCUCCUGGAUCUCAGUCUGUUGCUCCAGGACAGUCUGUCUCUAUCAGAUGUAAAGCCAGUUCAAGUGUUAGUACUUGCCUUCACUGGUACCUUCAGAAACCUGGAGAAUCUCCUAAACUCUUAAUUAGGUAUGCUACAACUCGUCACUCUGGAGCUUCCGACCGUUUCAGUGGAAGUGGAUCUGGAACUGACUUCACUCUGACCAUCAGUGGAGUUCAGACUGAAGAUGCAGGAGAUUAUUAUUGUCAGCAGUGUAACAGUUGGCCGUUCACACAGUGAUACAACGUCGUACAAAAACCUCCUCAGCUGGAGAGGAACUGAUCUGACUCAACAGCUGCACAGAAACUACAACACUACAUGAUUUAUUAACAUACAUUUAUAAGUUAGACCACAAUAACACUUUCAGCAUGAA